AUGAUUAGAAUAAAAGAGACUGUGGCAGAGUUUCUAAGAUGUUCGAUUCGUGACGGCAGAGCUGCUAGCUUUUGGUAUGAUUAUUGGACACAUAUGGGACCUUUGAUUGAAGGCUUUGGUCAGAGAGGACCGCGGGAACUCAGGAUCACUCUUGAAUCAGUUGUGGCUGAUGCCACUGUGAAUGGGGAGUGGCAACUUCCACCUGCUAGAUCUAAUGUUGCUGUAACCUUGCAAAUAGUUCUAUCUACUAUGACUCCUCCUGCUCCAACCCGAGGAGUUGAUAGGUUUCUUUGGCGCAAUGGGGCCGGUCAUUUUGUUCCUAAGUUCUCUACCAAGGCAACAUGGCACUCAAUCCGUGAGACAGCUCCGACAGUCGAAUGGUAUUCUAUGGUCUGGUUCAAGGAGGAGAUACCGAGAUGUUCUUUUGUUACAUGGAUGGCAAUACUAUCAAGACUCCCUACAAAGGACAGGCUAGCUUCUUGGGGUCUUUCUGUUCCUUUGCAGUGUGUGCUUUGCUCGGCAGGACAAGAGUCCCAUCAACACUUGUUCUUCCAAUGCUCAUUCGUAUCAAGGGUCUGGGGCCACUUCUGUGGACAAUCCAUCCCUUCUGCCCCGUCAUCCUUUCUUGAGGUUGCUGGUUUAUUAUCAAAUCAUCAGGUCGCUUCUUCUUCAGUUCUAUCAGGCGUUAUCAAGUUGUUGCUGCAGUGCAUCGUCUACUGCGUAUGGCGUGAAAAAAAUAUGCGCAUCUUCCAGCAAACAUCUACUACCGAAGCCGGGAUCUAUUCACGUGUCGAUCGCCUGAUGCGUGAUCGACUCAUCUCCAUUCCACCUUCUACCCCGUUGUCGCCGUCUCCUAUGCUCGUCUACUUCCGCCUGCCACCUCCUGAUCCGUAA